AUAAACCCAUAAAUCAGUGGCGCAAUUACAAACCCUCGAAGCACCACAGCGUACACACAUUUAUAUAUAUACAAAGCCCAUCUUCGUUAAAGCUAGGGUUUGAGUUUUGAGGUCUAGGGUUUUCAUUUCAGCUCGCUCACUCUCUCUGCGCCUCUCUCACUCUCUCUCUAACCCACAACCAUGGCUGUCGGGAAGAACAAGAGGAUUUCGAAGGGAAAGAAGGGAGGGAAGAAGAAAGCUGCUGAUCCCUUUGCCAAGAAGGACUGGUAUGACAUUAAGGCACCAUCUCUGUUCCUCACUCGCCAGGUCGGCAAAACCCUUGUCACCAGAACCCAAGGAACCAAGAUUGCUUCUGAAGGGCUUAAACAUAGAGUUUUUGAGGUAUCUUUGGCUGAUCUUCAGAACGAUGAGGAACAUGCUUACAGAAAGAUACGUUUGAGAGCUGAGGAUGUGCAAGGGAGGAAUGUGCUCACGAACUUCUGGGGAAUGGACUUCACCACUGACAAGCUGAGGUCACUGGUGCGCAAGUGGCAGACAUUGAUUGAGGCCCAUGUGGAUGUCAAGACUACUGACAACUACACCCUGAGAAUGUUCUGCAUUGGAUUUACAAAGAGGAGGGCAAACCAGGUCAAGCGGACCUGUUAUGCCCAGUCCAGUCAGAUUCGUCAGAUUCGCAGAAAGAUGAGGGAAAUUAUGAUAUCCCAGGCUUCUUCAUGCGAUCUGAAGGAGUUGGUUUUGAAGUUCAUUCCUGAGGCGAUUGGCAGGGAUAUUGAAAAAGCAACUGCUGGUAUCUACCCCUUGCAGAAUGUUUUCAUCCGAAAAGUCAAAAUCCUUAAGGCUCCAAAAUUUGACCUUGGCAAGUUGAUGGAGGUUCAUGGUGACUACCAUGAAGACGUAGGUGUGAAGGUAGAUAGGGCAGCUGAUGAAACAAUGGUUGAGGGGGAGACUGAACAACCUGUGGUGGGAGCAUAAAAAGAAAAUUUAUUUUUCUCUUGAAUCGUGAUAAAGUUUUGCUAAUUUGAACAAUGAGGGGGGCAGAGUUCUGCAUAGAUUUCUACCUUUGAGAGCUUUGUGUUUUCAAUUAGUGGAUGUGCAAUUUUUAUUAUUAUUUUCAUUAGCAAUUUUCUCUGUUUCAUGGAGCUCAUAUAUUUUAUGAUUAAUACUUAUUAUGGUCAAUUUGAUGAA